GAAUUGAUUUCUCUUAUCAAUCUCGAUCUAUGUGUUAUCUUCCUCAAUGAUCUAAAUUCAGUGCUUCAGGACAGCUCAAGGUCCAAAAGAUAUGGCGCCAACCACUACUAUCACAGCUGGUGAUGAACCAGUAGCAGCCUUCGCCCCAGGAAAGAGAUACAUUGCUGCGUGUACUUCUAUAUUGAUUGUUAAUCUUGCUUGUGCACUCGAUGCCACAACAAUAGCAGUUGCUCUCCCAACAAUAUCCGAAGCCCUCAAUGGAAAUGCAACUGAGGCUUUCUGGGCUGGUACCUCUUUCCUGCUCACUUCUACCAUUUGGCAGCCCGUGUUCAUAGCACUAUCACAUGUGUUUGGACGUAGACCGUUACUCUUGCUCUCACUCAUUCUUUUUACAAUCGGCUCUUGCCUGGGUGGAGCAGCGCGCAGUAUGGCUUUGUUAUUAGUCGGCCGUUGUCUGCAAGGAAGUGGUGUUGGUGGCAUUCUUGCACUCACAGAAGCUUUAAUAACGGAUACGGUGCCAUUACGCCAAAGAGGAAAUGCAAUGGCUCUUUUAGGCGUGGUAUGGGCAUUGGGUAGCGUCACUGGACCACUAAUUGGUGGCAUCUUGGCUGAGAAAAAUGAUUGGAGAUGGAUAUUCUACCUCAAUCUACCCAUAAUCGCAGUAGGAUUUGUAGGAUGUGUUUGGUUCUUGAAAUUGGAGAGAAAAGAAAGAACAAUAGAGGAGAAACUGUCUGAAAUCGAUUUCAUCGGAUCGAUUAUAUUUGUUGGGUCACUGACCUCAUUUCUUAUCCCCUUGACUUGGGGUGGAGUGAGUUAUUCAUGGACGAGCUGGCAUACUUUGGUCCCAUUGCUGAUAGGAGCUACUGGGCUUAUUAUUUUCUGCAUAUAUGAAGCGUUGCUGGCAAAGAAACCCAUCAUACCAACUCGACUUUUCCGCAAUCCUUCAACGACAAUUGCUUACUUUUGUACUUUCUUACAUGGGAUGAUCCUUUGGUCAAUCGUCUAUUAUGCCCCCUUCUACUUUAUGUCUGUCCAAGGCUACACAUCAAUGAUGGCAGGUGUGGCUGCCCUUCCGGAAACCCUCACUAUUGUUCCCAUGGCCAUGAUCGUCGGAAUCAUCGCUGCAAAAACGGGAAAAUAUCGUUGGAGUCUAUGGCUUGGGUGGGCUUUAACCGUCUUUGGCUGUGGUACGCUAUAUCUUCUUGAUGUUGGGACGCCGGUUGUGGCUUGGAUCUUCUUGAUGCUGGGAAGCGGUAUUGGUAUGGGGCUUUUGUAUCCAGCUAUGAGCUUAGCUAUUCAAGCUUCGGCUCCACAGAAGGAUGCUGCUACUGCAGCAGGGUUGUUCACGUUCUUUAGAGCGUUGGGUCAGACGGUUGGGGUUGCAAUUGGAGGUGGCAUAUUACAGAACAGAAUGCUUGCUGAACUCAGAGCGUCUCAAGACUUUACCAUACUUGCAGCACAAUUUGGAUACACUCUCGAAAAAGUGGCUGCCAAUGUUGUGGCUUUGAUCCCAUUGAUUAAUGCUCUACCACCCGAAGACCCGGAAGUUGUGGACUUUAGGCUUGUAUCUGCAAGAUCCAUUAAAAGCAUCUGGUUUGCCAUGUGUAUAUUUGCUGGAUUUGGAUUGAUCGCUAGUUGUUUUGUUAAGAGCUAUGGUCUUGAUCAGGCUCUUGUAACGGAUCAAGGAUUUGCAAUUGGGGUGAAGAAGGUUGAUCUCGAGAACACAGAGAUAACUAAGAAAGUUGACGAGUUUGAGAUUUCGAAAUCGUCUGUGAAGGAAGAAUUAAAGGAGGUGAUUGAUUCACCUCACUUAUCAGUCAAUCAAAGUAUUGGCAAGAAGAGUGAAUGGAAGAAGUUGAGCUUAUUCGGCAACCGGAAAAGUGUUCAGUCGAAUGAUAUAGAAAAGUUGAAGCUUUCGGCUGGUGAGAAGAUGGAAUACUUGAAGAUGCCAGAAAAAGACACUGGUUCUAUGUUUGGAAAAGAUUAUUAGUUGUAAAUCUUGUAAAUAAGAGAAUUUUUACCA